AUGGCUGUCGGUACUACCACCCUCUCGAAACCGAAUAUCGGUGUCUACACCAAUCCCAAACAUGAUCUGUGGAUUGCCGAUGCAAAGCCCACGUUAGAAGAGGUGCAGAAGGGCGAGGGCCUCCAGUCGGGUGAAGUCACGGUUGAGAUUAGGAGUACCGGAAUUUGCGGGUCGGACGUCCACUUCUGGCAUGCAGGCUGUAUCGGCCCCAUGAUUGUCACGGGCGACCACAUCCUCGGCCACGAAUCCGCCGGUGUCAUCAUCGCCGUUGCAGACGACGUCAAAACCCUCAAAGUCGGCGACCGCGUCGCCGUAGAGCCUAAUGUCAUCUGCAACAAAUGCGAACCCUGCCUCACGGGUCGCUACAAUGGUUGCGAGUCUGUCGAGUUUUUGUCUACGCCCCCUGUUGAUGGCUUGCUCCGUCGAUAUGUCAAUCACCCCGCUGUCUGGUGCCACAAAAUCGGGGAUAUGAGCUUUGAGAAUGGCGCUUUGCUGGAACCCUUGAGCGUUGCAUUGGCGGGUAUAGAUCGUGCUGGUGUAAGGUUGGGCGAUCCCGUGCUUGUUGCUGGCGCUGGUCCGAUUGGAUUGGUGACGUUGCUCUGUGUGCGAGCUGCUGGUGCAUCGCCGAUAGUUAUUACCGAUAUUGAUGAGGGCCGAUUGGCAUUCGCCAAAGAGUUGGUUCCGGAUGUGCGUACAUAUAAAGUUCAGAUUGGCAAAACCGCCGAAGAAAAUGCUGCAGGAAUAUUGGCUGCAUUGAAUGACGGCAACGCCGAUACCAUAGAUGCUAUUCGUCCCCGGGUGGCAAUGGAGUGCACCGGUGUCGAGAGCAGCGUUGCCUCUGCCAUCUGGAGUGUCAAAUUCGGCGGCAAAGUCUUUGUGAUUGGUGUCGGCAAGAACGAAAUGCAAGUCCCCUUUAUGCGUCUGAGUACCUGGGAAAUCGACCUGCAAUACCAGUACCGAUACUCCAACACGUGGCCCAAGGCCAUUCGCCUGGUUAAGAAUGGAGUGAUUGAUUUGAAGAAGUUGGUCACGCACCGAUACCCAAUUGAAGAUGCCCUAAAGGCGUUUGAGACGGCUGCGGACCCGAAGACGGGUGCGAUCAAGGUGCAGAUCAUGAGCUCGGAGGAGGAGGUUGUGGCUGCUACGGAGGCUGCUAAGAAGCUUUGA